AUGGCGUUUUUCUUCUUCUUCACAAUGGCCACAAAGCAAAUCAUCGACACGCGCCUUCAAGUCGGCUCCAUAUACCUCCUCCUAUUUAUUCGUAAUAGCGACAUUAGCAGGGGUUUCCACUGGGCCCUCUAUCACCAUCGGACGCUGCAGUCAGGCUACAAGUUCAAUGUCAAGCAGAUGGGUGAGGGAUGGAUCUGUGACAGCGCUGCGAACUCAAAUAUCAUGAGCUCCUUCCUAUUGGAUGGUGCAUUGCGCAUCGGAUUCUGCGAUCCGGCCGAUUCUGAUAGGCUGAAGUGGAUCGAUGCUGUGGACCUGACACGACCUCCGCAUCCCUACGACGUCUUCACAUGCCGCACUUGGACCAUGCAUUGCAUCCGGGGCCUCAUUAUGCAGGGAUUUGUGAAGUGUAAUAAUCCCGACGCUUUGGAACAAGAGGUGAAGGAGUGGGCGUCCGCCUACCACGAAUCUGCAUACAAUGGAGAGAUGCCUCGACCAGUCGAAGAUUGCCAACUUUGCGCUCCUUGA